AUGAAUCAGAUCGUCUCGCGAAAGAAGGGCUCCUCUGUGCCAUCCGACCGAAUCCCACCGCCUGUGAGGAGUCAGGCGAAGAACAAGGGAAGCGGCAAGCAGGCAGAGCCGCUGAAGAGCAAGGAGGUACGCAGGCUCGAAGGCUUGCGGGACGCUCUUGUCGGCGCGACGCUGCGCGAGCCAGAUCCCAAGGGUGGAUGUUUUUGCCAAGCGCAAAUGCAUGUGCUAUCCCCGUACACGCCCAUAUGUCAAAAUUGCGGUCUCGUUCUGUGCGAGCUCCAUUUACCGCUUUAUGCCUGCCCGCAUUGCAAGUCGCCCCUCCUUACUCCCGCGGCAAGGGAUGGUCUGGUCACCAUGCUCGAGACACAAAUAACGGAUACCCUCGCGAAGGAACAAGAUGAACGGGAGCGACUGCUGCAGGAGGCGCGCGUCGCAGCCGGGGCAUUCCCAGCCUUAACAGCCGCUGCUGCGCCGCCCACGGACACGCUAUCCAGCCACCCUACAAAUCAGACCCACAAGAUCCUCUCGCUCAACUCGAAGACGAAGAAGGUCACCGUGUCGUCGUUCACGUCGCCCGCCAAGUCUCGCUCGGCGUCACGCGAUUGCGCGGCGAAGGAGGCAGAUAAGGAGCAGGCGAGGCGCGUUCCCCCACCCCCACCAGAGGUUGAGUUCGUGAAAGCGGCACCUGACCCGCUGCGCCCGUGGGCAAACCUGCGCGGGACGAGCGUGACUUACGUUCCUGCGCCCAAGGUGAUGGCAAUCCUCGGCCCGAAGAGCAGCUCGAGCUGA